CGGCCCGGGGGCCGAUGGAGCCCGGGAAGAGGACAAAAGAAGAUACUUGGAAAUCAGAUGACCUUAAGAAGCAUCUGAGGGUAUCUCAGUCAGACGGUCAAAAAGAAGAGAAGAAACACAGAGACAAGAAACUGCCAAGAGAUUUAGAGGCGAAUGACCUGGGUGAUUACAAAGACUCUAAAUACCUGGAAAGAGACAGAACUAUAGUAAAGAAUAAAGAAAGAACAAGAGAAAGGGACAGUCAUCGUACCGAAAGAGAUAGAGAAAAACAAAGAGAGAGAGAGAGAAAGAAAGAUCCAAGGGAAAGUGAAAAAUCUAAAGAAAGGCAUCGAGAACAAGAUGUGGAGAGGGAAAAGUACCUCAGCAGAGGAAAAGAUAAAGACCGGGCCCGAGAGAAAGAUAGGUACCUUAGAAAAGAAGAACAUAAGCAAUUGGUUGGACAUCAUAACCUGAAGGAGCCUGAAGGAAGAGGUAAAGAACAUCAUGAAAGAUUAGAAAAAAAGAGUCCAUCAGAAAAUAAGACAAGAGGUGAAGAGAGAGUGAGAAGUUAUGAAAGCAGAGAAAAAAGAUAUGAAGACAGAGAAAGGCGACAUCAAGAAACUAGAGAUGACAGCAAUAAAAGGCGCCGAGAAAGCAAAGACGAAGACAGAGAAAGGAGGCAUCAAGAAAGAAAAUUUGUUGAUGGCAAAGACAAUCGUAUUAAAUAUUUGCUCAGUAAAGAUGAAGAUCGAGAGAAGAGGCACAAGAGACAAAAAGAGCAUAUUCGAGAAACUAAGGAUCAAGAAAAAAGUGCCCUUAGGGACAAAAGAGAAAGAUUGUCAAGAGAAAAAAGUAGCUCAUUGCCUGGUAAAGAUGGUGAAGAGAAGCAUAAAGAAAAACAACAAAAAGAAAUACCUUCUUUUGGUGGUGAUGAUAGACGAAGAAGCACUAUGGAAAAAAAAGAAAGAAAAGUGAGAGAAGAACCCACAAAGAAAGGGGAUUCAAAGCAGGGUGAUCAUAGAAAUCAAGGAGCAAGUUCAAAAGGAGAAUCUGGAUUACCCAGCUGGAAUAUACAGAAUUUAAUAAAAGACAUUGGAAAAGAAAACAAAGAUACAAGAAAAAAGCCCAGCCAAGAAGAGCAUAUGUCAGUGUGGACAUCUGCCCAGAAGCCAGCCAGUGAUGAAGCUGAUGAUAUAGAAAAGGAAGAUAUCAAUUCAGAAAAUGGUGCUAAUGAUGAUUUUGAUGAAAAUUAUGAAGAUGAUUUUGAAGACUAUGAAGACGAUUUUGAUGAUUUUGAUGAAGCUGAGGAGGAGGAAGAAGAAGAGAGUAAAGAAAAAAAAGAAGAAAUUCCCUUAGCCAAAAAAAUACAAAUAGAGGAAAUUCAAAGAGCAAUUAAUGCAGAAAACCAAAGGAUUAUUCAUGCCCUACCUUUGAAACAAGUUCAAACUGAACCUGAAAGGGAACCAAGAAUGGAAGGAAAAGAUUCUCCUUCCAGAGGUUCUCUUUGUGGAUUGCUCAUGGAUUUUGUAACAGCUAAAGAGCGGCAAGUUAGUCGAAAUCUGGCCCUUAAACAAAAGAAACGCAGCACAAAGCUGCUCCGACUAAUUGACUUGGAUUUUUCAGUCAGUUUCUCUCUUUUGGAUUUGCCUCCGGUAAAUGAAUAUGACAUGUAUAUCAGAAACUUUGGCAAAAGAAACACUAAGCAGGCUUAUGUUCAGUGCAAUGAAGAUAAUGUUGAAAGAGAAAUUCAGACAAAAGAAAUAGAAACUAGUGAAGCAUGGACACAGCAUCCAGGAGAAAGUAGUCUUGUAUCUGGAGGUAAUAAAAAUGACAGGGAUUCUCUUGUUGAGUCUGCACUGGUACCAAAGAUAGACACACAGAGAUUGUCAAACUUUCUCCAGGCUGCUUGUAAGGUGAUCGCUGUUUUGCUAGAAGAAGAGCGAGCUGCAGCAGAACCCAGCUGGAAUCUUCGACCUCAAGGAAACACCCUGUCUAUAAGCGAUAGCUGCUUCCAGUUGAACACGGAUCUACCAUUCCUCCACAGUAGAAAAGUCUCCAGUUUACAUAUCUCUGAAGUUCAGAGGCAGAUGUUGGUUUCUGUCCAUGAGUUACCCGAAAAGCCUUACUCUGUCAAACUGGAUAGGAAAUUUAUCCUGUGCAUAUGGGAUAUUUGGCAGCCUUCCAGUCCUCAGAAAAUUUUAAUCUGUGAAUCAAAGGUCAAAUGUUGUUGUUUUAGCCCUUUUAAAGCAACAUUAUUGUUUGCUGGAACAACGGAUGGGUCAGUAAUCGUUUGGGAUCUGCGCGAAGACUCCAGGAUUCAUCAGUAUCUGAAGUUAAAGGAUUCCGAUUGGAUAUUCAGAACAUCAACAUUUUCAACUGAUGGUGUUCUUACCACAGUAAACCACAGAAGUCCUGUUCAGGCAAUAGAACAGGUUUCAACAUCUGUCUACAAGAAACAAAGUUGUGUGCUGUCCCCAUUAUCAUCUCAGGAAGAAAUGUCAGGUCUGUUAUUCCAGAUUGCUUCACUGGAUGAAAGUGGAAUUCUUAAUCUGUGGGUGGUAGUUGAACUACAGAAAGCAGAUCUAGCAGGUUCGCAAAGCGAUUUAGGUUUGAUUCCUGGAGGGAAGAUAAAGUUAGUCCAUAGCUCUGUGGUUCAGUUGAAUACCAGUUUCUCUCUAAAGGAUGAUGUGGGCCUGGGGACUGCCCAGGCACUGAAUGUUAAAUUUUUGCCUUCUGAUCCUAAUCGUUUCAUUUUUGGGACAGAUAUUGGUCUCGUAAGGCAAAGCGCAAGACAUGAUUUGAGAGUCUGCCCAAAAUUCUUCAAACCCCAGCAGAAAGGCACAAGAGCAAUAAGGGUCAAUGCAAUUGAGUUUUCACCAUUUGGAGAACCAAUAUUUUUGGUUGGCUGUUCAGAUGGAAGCAUCCGCUUACAUCAGCUUGCUUCUGAGUAUCCCCUUGGGCAGUGGAACAACAGCACCGGUGGCCAGCCCAUCACAGCCAUCCACUGGGCACUCACAAGACCCGCUGUGUUUUUUGUCCUGGACGCAUCAUCCACUAUUUAUAUUUGGGACUUACUGGAAAGCGAUCUGGGGCCUGUAGCCAGACAACUCCUCUCUGUGGAUAAGUUGACAACCAUGAAGGUCCUGGCUGAGCCAGGAAAGACCAAUGGGCUCCUCAGCCUUGCCCUGGCCAAAGAAUCUGGCACCAUAGACAUUCAGUUCGUAAAGAAGAAGUGGGCAUUACCCCUGGAAGACGAGCAAAAGAAACUGCAUGUGCUUCUCCAACAAUCCUUCUAGGAACUCAAAAAAUUGCCUUCCGGUGAACUCAUAAAUUUAAUUGACUGUUAACCAGAGAAUGGCGUUUGUUUAGUGAACAAUUUACUCAGAUGCAAUUAGAUUAUAUAAUUGAUUUGCUCACUAUAUCAGAGUUUAUGUAUAUUUCUGUAUGUAUGAUUUAUAUUCUGUGUAUAUUUUAUUAGUCUUUUGACAUGCA